AUGCUUCUGAACGAGCAGUGCCAUCGUACUGCCACUAUCUCGCUACGGGCGCCGGUUCUGACGACGGGACUCGCUGGCUGUUGCAUAUUCAUCAAGAGGACGAGUUUCGGGGAGCUCGCGUCCACUUUGUUGAAGAGGUCAUUAUUACCCCAGGCAGUAGAACUGUUUAAGUGCAGUCCCGCGCUAAAGAACGGGCUGAGCCCCCUACUACGCUUACCGCUCAAGAAAGGCAACGACUCCGUCGACGACGACAACGAGGAAGCAGUCGUCCUAGCGUCCAGGCCCGUCUCCCGAAACUUCCCUGUGCGGCCUAUUCGACUCACGCUUAAACCUGGUCGCAAGCAGACGACCCCAGUCUCCAUGCCACGACGCACGGGAGCAUCGAACCCUCGUCGCACCGUCGAUCCUGACGUCUCUGCGCAAGAACGCUACAUAUUCAGGCCUUCGGAUUGUGGAGGCGCUAGGCCUUCCUGGGCUUAG